UGCUUGCUGCCGGGGAAACGGAGUUCCGACUGCGGACGCAAUCGUACCGGUGGACUAGAAACUCCCGCCAUUUCGACAAGGAAUUAACCUCUUGAUUGAUCCAGGUUACUUUUUUGUAACACUUUCUAAUUAUCUUAACGGAUAACAAGAAGACCCGGCAGUACAGCGAUGCUGACAAUACAAUUGUUCAAACGAGAACAGGCCUAGUUUGAAAAGACUUUGGAUCCUCCACGCGCCAUACCUCCCUUCUGAACGGAGCUUUGGCGGUUCGCCGCGAGUUUGAUUUCGGUGUGGGUCGUACUUACGUGGUCAUUCGGAGGAGCUAAAAGUUAACUAAGAAACAGAGAGACAACUCCGGUAACCUCGUUUACACCUAAGACACUGCGUGAAACCAGCAUGGGACCGCUACUUUAGGAGAGAAGGAUGCGAUGAGGCGGGCGGCAAGAGGCGCACUGUUAUUGUUUUGCAACAAUAUAGCAUUUCAGCCCGUUUACGUUAGCUAGUCAGCUAGCUAGCUGCUACACGUUGGAGCCGGGCCUGCCGGCGGUAACGUCACACGAGCGAAGACAUUUCGGGACACCUGCAUACAUGCCAAGGACAUAUCGUCGCAUACCUCUGUGCUAGUUUGUUGCUUGAAGAUUUAAUUCUACCAUCGGCGCCCGUGCCAUCUGUGGAUUUUGAAAUGGCACCGCUUUUAGGCCGGAAACCGUAUCCACUGGCUAAGCCGCUAGCCGAGCCACCAGGCCCGGGAGAGGAGGUCUACAUCAUCGAGCACACCAAGGAGGCCUUCAGGAACAAAGAAGAGUAUGAGGCACGCUUGUUGAGAUAUAGUGAGCACAUCUGGACAUGCAAGAGCACUGGAAGCGGUCAACUGACGCACAAAGAAGCAUGGGAGGAGGAACAAGAAGUCACCGAACUACUUCAGGAGGAGUAUCCGCAGUGGUUCGAGAAACCAGUCCUGGAGAUGGUCCACCACAACACAGUGUCUUUAGACAAACUGGUUGAAAUGGCCUGGCUGGAAAUCCUCACCAAGUAUGCUGUGGAUGAAGAGUGUGACUUCCUGGUGGGGAAGGACAAAAGUUUGCAAGUAAAGGUGGUGAAGAUCCAUCCCCUCGAAACUCCAGAAGGUGAGUCGGGGGAGAAGAAGCUUGAAGGUGUCUGUGACUCGCCGUCCAGCGACAAGGAGAAUGCAAGUCAGGAGAACCAGAGGAAAGAACCUCCUCCCAGAGAAGAGGAGAACAGGAGAGAGAGUCUCAGUGACAGAUCACGGCGUUCGCCGAGGAAACUUCCCACUGCCAUGAAGGAAGAGAAGAAGAGAUGGGUGAUGCCCAAAUUUCUUCCCCAUAAGUACGACGUGAAGCUCAUCACUGAGGACAAGGUGAUCAGUGACGUCCCAUCGGACAGCCUUUUUCGAACGGAGCGCCCUCCGACCAAGGAGAUCAUGCGCUACUUCAUCAGGCACUAUGCUCUGAGGGUGGGCAUGGGCGAGAGUGCUCCCUGGGUGGUUGAAGAUGAACUAGUGAAAAAAUUUAACUUGCCCAGCAAAUUCAGUGACUUUCUUCUUGAUCCACACAAGUUUUUAGCAGAGAAUCCCUCUGCCAAGCGUAAGAGCUUGACAUCGCCAGAUGGUAAACCUAGCAAGAGGCUCAAGAACUCUGACGCACUAGGAGAGGAAUCGGGACAUGAGAAAGGAGAGAAGAAAAGGAAACGAAAGACUGACUCUUUAGGCAUGCCCCUUAGUCCAACCAUUUGGGGCCACAUGCAGAAAAUAAAUGGGUCCCCUCUUAAGAUAAACUCUGGAACUCCAAAAAAAGAAGGCAAAGGCUCCUCUGCCUCCACUCCAAAAUCAAGCAGGAAGUCUGGGGAAAAGAAAGAUGGGAAGAAAACUGGAAAGAGCAGCGACAAGAAGCUCAAUGUCCUUGAGGCCUUUAAAAAGGACGGCAAAUCCGGCGCCAAGACACCGAAGAUGAAGCAGAUGACUCUGCUGCAUCUGGCCAAGAGCACCUCCGCUGGGAGCCCUAAGAAGAGAGCCCGUAGUACCGGCAUGGGUACGCCUAAGCUGGGGAAGCCACGGCACCCCAUGGCUCUCCACCUCCUUCGUUACUACAAGGAGCACAAGGGCAAAGAGGACAAAAAGAACUCCCUUUCCGCCCUCAUCUCCAAAACGGCAAAGACCUUGCCCCCUAAAGAGAGGGACCGGCUGCCGGAUGAGCUCAAGGAGCUGGUGCAGAAGCGCUGGGAGCUGCUGGAGCAUAAGAAGCGCUGGGCGGCCAUGAGCGAGGAGGAAAAGCAGGAAGAGAUCAAGAAGAAGCGCAAGGAAGUCCGAGAGAAGCUGCGGGAAAGGGCCAAGGAGAGACGCAAGAAGGAGAUGCUGGUCCGCCGCGAGCAGUCGCGCAGAUACGAGGACCAGGAGAUCGAAGGGGGCAAGACUCUGCCGGCCUUCAAGCUCGUCGACAUGCCCGAGGGGUUGCCCAACACCCUGUUCGGUGACGUGGCCAUGGUGGUGGACUUCCUUCAGUGCUACGCCGGGCUGCUGAUGCCCGAGGACCAGUAUCCCAUCACGGCGGUGGCUCUGAUGGAGGCGCUGGCGGGCGAGCGGUCCGGCUUCCUCUACCUGAACCGCGUGCUGGUGGUGCUGCUUCAGACGCUGCUGCAGGACGAGCUGGCGGAGGGCUACAGCGAGCUGGACAUACCCCUCUCCGAGAUCCCCCUCACCAUGCACUCGGUGUCGGAGCUGGCGCGGUUGUGCCUGCGCCCGUGCGACGCGCACGGGGAGGAGAGUAACCAGGGCUCGGUGCAGUCGGGAGCUCUGGGCGGCUUCGACGACGUGGUGACCAGCGAGUUCCUGGAGAAGCUGGAGACCAUCGAGGUGUUUGAGCUGAGCCCCGAGGAGAAGGUCAGCCUGCUGGUGGCGCUGUGCCACCGCAUACUCAUGACCUACUCGGUCGAAGACCACGUCGACGCCAUGCAGCAACGCUCGGCCGAGGUGUGGAAGGAGCGUCUGGCGAUGCUGAAAGAGGUCAACGACCGCAAGAGGGCCGAGAAGCAGAUGCAAAAGGAGGGCAAAGGUGAUAAAAAGAAAGAGGUGCCCACCAAGAAGGAGAUCAAAAAAGAAAUAAAGGUAGAGCCAGAACCUGAGCCAGAGGACAUGAUCAGCUCGGUGAAGAGCCGGCGGCUGAUGUCCAUGCAGGCCAAGAAGGACAGAGAGGAGAUGGACCGACAGAACAAAGAGCGCAUGGAAAAGGAGGCUGAAGAGGAGCGACAGCGAAAACAGAGGGUGGCUGUCGAAAAGGCCUUUCAGGAAGGUAUAACCAAAGCCAAACUUGUCCUGCGCCGGAUCCCACUGGGAACUGACAGGAAUCAUAACCGAUACUGGCUUUUCUCUGAUGUGGUUCCUGGUCUGUACAUUGAGAAAGGCUGGGUGCAUGAAGGCAUAGACUACAACUUCACCCCCCCACCUGAGGACAAACCCGCCGAGCCUGAUGUAGAAGAGGAAGAGGAUGGUGAGUCAACAGCUACCCAUGAAGGAGCUGAGAUGGAUGAUGGCAGCAUUGAUGGUGCUAUGAGUGAGGAAGCCCACCAGGGGGCGCCAGCAGACAUCUGCAAAGAAACUACUAUUCCCAACCAAGGACAGAAUCUCUGGUUUAUUUGUGACAACCCAGCUGAGCUGGAGGAACUAGUGGAGAGUCUUCAUCCUCACGGGGUUAGAGAGAGCGAACUAAAGGCCAAGAUACAAAGCAGGUACCAGGACAUCCUCCACUCUGUCCAUCAGACCCGGAAGGCCAAAAUGUCCCUGAGGACCUGCGAUGGCUACACAGAGCUGCUCAAGUUCCUGCGUAGUGACAUCAUAGAGGUCGCAUCACGCCUCCAUAAGGGAGGCCUGGGAUACCUGGAUGACAAUGUAGACAUUGCAGAGGAGUUGAAAGACAUGGAGAACUUGAAAGACUUCGGUGAGUGCAUCAUCACCAUUCAGGCCUGUGUCAUCAAGAAGUUCCUGCAGGGCUUCAUGGCCCCCAAGCAGAAAAAGAAGAGAAAGCACGGCGGGGUGGAGAGCAGCAAGGCCGAAGAGGUGGACGACGAGAAGAAGCUAGCAGCAGAGGCCCGGGUGGCGACCGCAGUAGAGAAGUGGAAGACCGCCCUCAGAGAGGCCCAGACCUUUUCCCGCAUGCACGUCCUGCUGGGGAUGCUGGACGCUUGCAUUAAGUGGGACAUGUCCGCCGAGAAUGCUCGCUGCAAAGUCUGUCGCAGGAAAGGUGAUGACGAGAAGCUCAUCCUUUGUGACGAGUGCAACAAGGCCUUCCACCUGUUCUGCCUGCGACCGGCGCUCUACGGCAUCCCCACCGGGGAAUGGCUGUGUCCGGCCUGCCAGCCCACCGUGGCCAGGCGCGGCUCCCGAUCGAGGAACUACAACCAAGACACGGAUGAGGAGGAAGAGGAGGAAGAGGACGAGGAGUCUGAACAGGAGGACUCUGAGGAAGAGGAGGAUGAAGAGGAUGAGGAGGAGAAUGACUACAAAGCCAUGGGUCACAGCUUGCGACCAAGGAAGAAAAAUAUACCUUCAUCUCGGCAGAAACCUUCAAAAAGUAAACUCAAGAAGCAGCCGUCUUCAAGUAGUCAGAGCAGCAAACAGAGGGCCGGCCCCAGCAGCCCGGCAGACAUCGAUGAGCUGGUGCGACAGAGUUCCCACACUGGAGUUCGCCGGCAGGCGCUGGAGCUGGAGAGGUGCGAGGAAAUCCUCAAGAAACUGAUGAAGUUCCGCUACAGCUGGCCUUUCAGGGAGCCUGUGUCGACGGAGGAGGCAGAGGACUAUCUGGACAUCAUCUCCCAGCCCAUGGACUUCCAGACCAUGCUGGGUAAAUUCCGCCAGGGCUCGUAUCGUCACGGCCAGGACUUCCUGGAGGACCUGAAGCUUGUCUUCUCCAACGCAGAGGAGUACAACCAGCAGGGCAGCACCGUGCUCUCCUGCAUGGUCAAGACGGAGCAGACCUUCACUGAGCUGCUGCAGAAGCAGCUGCCCGGCCUGGGGUACCUCCGCCGGAGAUCACGCAAACGCAUCAGCCAAGCGCCUGCAACAUCUGAGGAGGAGAAGGAGGAAGAUGAUGAUGAUGAUGAAGAAGAAGAAGAAGAAGAAGAAGAGGAGGAGGAGGAGCAGCCGCCGCCAAAGAAGAAAAUGCAGAAUGGCAAAUCAAGCAAGAAGAAGACAAGAGAAGUUCGACGACGGAGGGAACCGGAGAGUGAGAGUGGAGGCGAUGAUGAUGAUGAUGAUGAUGAUCAGGAGGAUGAGGAUGAUGAUGAUGGCGGCAGGAGGAGAAGUAAGAGGACCUCUACCACCUCAGGCAGGAAGGAUUACAGGGAGCAGGAUAGUGAUGGCGAGCGGGACACGCAGAGAACUCGUCAGCGGGGGCGCGAUGGCGGCGAGCUGCGGUCCAGCCGGCAGCGACAUUCCAAGCGACAGAAACGCUCAUAAAGUCCACGGUGCUUUUUCUUUUGUUGGUCGUGUCUUUGCUUUAAAAUGUCUGUUCCGCUCCUCUAAGAAUGAUCGAGGACCCUCCAUCUCCUCCUCUUCAGUCAGCGGGACUUAAUCCUCAGAUGGACCUUUUUUUUUUCUUUUUCAUUUCUUUUUUUUUUUUUUUUUUUUUUGAAUUACUGUCUAUAUUUUGAAAAACAAAGAAACCAAUUUAUAUUUGUAACAUGUUUAAUAUUAGUGAUUUAUUUUUUAUUUUUUAAAUGAGACGACGGGUUGUUGUAGCUCUUAAGACUCUUUGAUCCCACACCAAGCGUGUCCACGUCGCCAGAAACCCUCUGGAGGUUUGUCUUUGUUCAAAAA